AUGUUUGCGAAUAAGGGGAGGGAGAGACGAGCCAUGCGGAUUGUGGAUGGGAGGAUCAUGGAGGUACCCAGCGGGGGUCAGCAGGCAAGCGUCACCAUCUCCUCCUCCGGAUCCUCUGAGUCUCGAUCACCCAACCGUCUCCCUCACAUACCACCCGAUCAUCCUCUCUACCACCUCUACAACUCCCCGCUCUCCGGCUCCCCGGACCACCUUCGCGAGCCUAACUCCCAGCCUCGGCAGUCGUACCUGCCAGGUCUGGCGCUUGAGCCAAUCGCGUCCGACUCCACUAUGCAGUCUGGCGGUUCCUCCCCCUCCCACUCCUCGUUUUCCCAGGAUGGUGAAGACAUCUCAUGGGCUCGGGUAGUGCGUCUGAUUCUUCCCCUGAGUCUUCCCCUCCCCGUCGGCCCCUUCGCUACUACUCCCCAGUUCACCAUUCCCCACACCGCCAUGACUCUGCUGCUAACCCUUCCUUGA